CGCCGGAAGAGCCGUAGCUCCCGUCGUGCCUCGCGCCACCGGAAUCGGAAGUGCUUCCAACAGCCGGAAGUGCGGCCUGGCCUCGUUGCCGUGGCGACCCCGCGCGGCCUGCGUAUCCAUAGCGACGGAGCCGCCAUGGGGCAGGAUUACUACGCCGUGCUGGAGCUGAACCCCACCGCGACGGACGCCGACAUUAAGAAGGCGUACCGCCUGCUGGCCUUGGAGAACCACCCGCAGAAAUGCAAGGAGCCGUGGGCGUGGGAGCGGUUCCGGCUGCUGGCAGAAGCCUACGAUGUGCUGAGCGACCCCGUAAGGAGAGGCAUCUACGAUAGGUUUGGUGAGGAAGGUCUCAAAGGUGGCAUCCCUGUGGAGUCUGGCGGUGAGGAUGCUUGGACUGCUGGUUACGUGUUCCACAACAACCCCGACAAAGUCUUCAAGGAGUUCUUUGGAGGACACAACCCCUUUGCAGAGUUCUUCACCAAGGAUGGCUUGGAGGUGACCCUGCCCUUUGGAGGGCUGCGAGGAAGAGGUGUGAUGAAGCAGGACCCCCCGAUGGUGUGGGACCUCCACGUCUCCCUUGAAGAUCUCUUCUUUGGCUGCACCAAGAAGAUGAAGAUCUCCCAUCGGGUGAUGAACGAAGACGGCCAAACCAGCACCAUCAGGGACAAGAUCCUGAUCAUCGACGUGCAGCCGGGCUGGAAGCAAGGCACCAGGGUCACGUUUGAGAAGGAAGGAGACCAGGGCCCCAACGUCAUUCCAGCCGACAUCACCUUUGUUAUCCAAGAGAAACCUCACCCGAGGUUUAAAAGAACCAAGGACGACCUCAUUUACGUGGCCAAUAUCCCCCUGGGAAAGGCACUGAUUGGCUGCACGGUGGAUGUGAGGACGCUGGACGGGCGGCUGCUGAACGUCCCCAUCAAUGACAUCGUGCAGAGCACAUCUCAACCACCCUUCUCAGCCCUCUCUCGCUUUGCAGCCCCACGUACUGCAAAGUGGUGCCUGGGGAGGGGAUGCCUCUGCUCGAGGACCCGCGGCGUAGGGGUGACCUCCUCAUCCACUUCAAUGUCUGCUUCCCCAAACGCCUCACGCCCGACAAGAAGCUGCUCCUGAGGAAUGCGCUGCUGUCCUAGGAGCUGUCAGCCUCCUGCUGUCCUGGCGAGGCUGCCAGCACUCGUUCCCCAGUUUUGGGCUGCUCCCUUCUGGCAAGACCAGAAUCACUGAGGAGAACACCACGAGGAUUGUAACCCAACUGCACCUCCGGACCAGGAGAAAAACCCAUCCCUGUAAUAAAAAUAAGGAGCCGAGGCGCAGGAAGGAGGGGACGAACCUGCGGUGAGGAGGGGACGUCAGCCAUCCCCGCUUUGCGCCACGGUGGCAGAAUGAGGCCGGCGAGCAGAGCGCAGCCGAUGGCGUCCCACCACUCACCCCUUGUAGAGGCCAGCGAUGCCGUCCUGCAGCAGCAGGGCCAGCAGGCAGCUCGGCACAUUCCGGUACUGCCCAGGGCUGGCGUUCAUGUACCGCGUCUUCACCACGUCCACCGGUGACGCCACCACCGUGGCGCAGAAUCCGGCCCCAAAAGCAGCCACGAAGUGACAGGGGACGUUGUCUGCGGGGCAGAACGGAGGUGAGGGCUUUUGGGGGGG